GCUAUGUAGCUCCAAUGGUUCUCCUAAAACACCAAAACUGCCUCAUGUUUGUGUUCCAGGCAACCGCGUGUUCGUAAGCACUUCCUCAAGCUAGCUAGUGUUUGCAAAAGUGGUCCAGUGAAGAAAGCAAAAGUAGCAAGUCCAUCACCAUGGCGUCCAUAGCUGCUCGUCAAGUCUUUGCGAUUGCCCUGUUCUUGUUGGCCACACGGCCCGCCGUUGUCAUGGGAGUACGGUUUGUGAAGGAAAGGAAUCAGGAGGCGACGAGGCGAAAUCUGUUUGCCGAUAAGAUCGGGAGAGGUACAAGAGGUGGUGCCGCUGGAGCCGCCAAGGGGCUCGGUGAGUACGUGCCCAUGAGAGCCAGAGUUGGAACAACUGUUCCUUCGGCGGCUCCAGUACCCACUGUAGCUCCGGUGCCCACGGCUUCCCCGACCAAUUUCACCAAUCAGCUUACCGGAUGCAGCUUCAUGGAGGAUGAUGGCUCUGUGGUGACCUUUGAUGAAGGAGAAUCCAUGGGAAGCUAUUCCACUUUGGCAGGUUGUGACAAUGGCAAUCCAGACGACUUUCCCUGUCUCUGUGCCGCGGAUGAACCGGGUCAAACAUUCUGUCCUUAUUGUGUCUUUCGGGAUGCCUUUGAUGACAAUCUAUGUCAACAAGACGGAAGCCUGGUCCAGUUUAUCAGCAGUGAAACCAAUGCCCUCACCGAAUGCUCUUGCUCCAUUAUGGUGGAGCAAGUGGGGGAUCGAUUCGAUGUUACCUUCCAAUACACCAUUGAUUCAACCUGCGAAGAAGUAACUCCCGAGCCAACAACUACUCCCACCACUUCUCCCACUUCGGAAUCUACCACGGCGUCACCCACAACGGCACCAGUCACUGACGCCCCCACAGGACCUCCUACCGAUCCUACCUUUGUCAUGGGGCGCCUCAACAAGGUAGAAAAUGAUUUGACCUUGUCGGAAGGUUUGAAUUCCAGAAUCAUUGCAAAGGCCUUUGAGCCGCUAACAUAUGCCACUGGAGUCAACUCAACUAUCAACUUUCACCGGCGACCAUCCGGGGGAGACACAUUUGAAGAUACUCGUCGGAACAGUGCUGGAGGCUUCCGAAAUCCCGGGGGCUGGGUCUAUGUUUCUAGUUCCGAUGCUCCUUCAGGGAACGGUGGGGUAGGAGCACUGACAUUUGACCGGAAUGGAGAACUGGUGAACUAUCAGAUGGUGCUAGACGGCACUAGUGCCAACAGUAACGGUGGGCGCACUCCUUGGGGCAGCUGGGUAUCCGGAGAACGAGAUCUUGCUAGUUUGGGUGGAAAGAUUUACCAAGUGGACCCAAUGGGUGUUCGAGAAGCAUCGUCCAACAUUGCUUGGACGGGAGAUGGAGGAGCAUGGGAAGGAUUUACCUAUCGGUGGGACUCGCCACAAGACAUACCGACGUUUUACAUGUCGGAGGACUUUGUCUUUGGUGCCAUUCGAAGAUUCACUCCCUCUGAAAUCAACACGGUGGAUCCUUGGCUCAUGUUGGAAGAUGUAGAAGGUGAUUUGUCCUUCUUGGUGUUGCAACCUGAUACCGACGCCAGCUCGGGAACAUUUACGUGGACCAGCGAGAUUCAGAUUGCACGAGGGAACGCUGCUCAAAACUACCCAGAAGCACAAGGUAUCGAUGUCGAGGAUAACAUUCUAUCGUUUGUUUGUCGAGGGAUUCGUCAACUCUACCAGCUGGACCUGGAUGAAGGCACUUACAAUCGAACAUCUACCACCCAGGGUCUCAUGGAAGGAGAGCCCAAUGAGAUACGGUAUGCCACAGCCAAUAAUGGUGAGACAACUCUCUUGUACAUGACAGAAGCCGAUGGCAGACGAUCGGGUAUUCAUGCCCGUGAUGAUGAGGAUGGUAUAAUCUACACCGUGUUGGAAGGGUUUUUGCAACCGCUUACGGCUGGUUUUGCGUUGUCGCCCAAUGGAAAACACAUGUACGUGUCCUUUAAACGGGAUGGGACGGUGUUUGAAAUUACCAGGGAUGAUGGGCUGUCUUUCUUUGACACAAUCACGUUCGAAGCAACAGACGCCGUGUCAGCAAUGAGAGUUAUCUUGGGCCAUUGAAGUCUCAGUGAAGCAAGGUACGACAUUGUGUAAUCAUUACGUGAUGAAUGAAUUGGCGAGUCGAGUCUUUGGCGGCGUUCAAGGGCCCGAUAGCAGCCAGAAGCAAGAGGAGUGCAAUGAGGGCAAAAAAGGCAGCCCUUCCGAGUAGCUCACACAUGGGCAAGCUUGGAAGCCUCCGGAAGCUGAGGCGUGACGUUCGCGCUAGCGCCUACAUUAGUUGCAAGAAAGGGAUGCUGCAUCAAUGCCUGAUACUUCCUUUUGCAGCCAAAACAUUUGACACGCCAAAAAUUGCAGACAAUCCAAGUUGUAUAUCGGAACAUGGGUCCCAGAGAAACGGAAGAGAAGCUAGAAACAAUGAGUUGAGGUGAAACAGAAGAACAUCGAGCUAGUCUUCUCGUGUUUUAUGGAAGGAAUUAAAAACACUAUAGGAUGUUACUUUGAUCGUUUG